AUGACCCUGGCAGUGCAGCAGCUCGCUGACUACUUGCCAGAACUGGGCUUCAAGGUCAGCCAGCUGAUCCCUCGAGCUCGAAAACCCCUGGUCACGCUGGAAGACACGAAGAGCGUCCUGACGGAGGUUGAUGUUUCCAUUAACAACAGUCUUCCGCUGUACAACUCCCAACUGCUCCGGGCAUACUCCAUGUUGGAUCCGCGGGUGCGUCCUCUGGUCCUUCUGGUCAAGGUCUGGGCAAAGGGGAAGAAGGUCUGCGGUGCACAGGGUGGCAACCUCUCGUCGUAUUCGUGGACCAUCAUGGUCAUCUACUUUCUUCAAUUGGUCGGCCUGCUCCCGUCGCUUCAGCUCCUUUCCAAAGAAGAAAGGACUCUGGAGACGAGGGAUUACUGGGCCCACGAGCGGCCGUUUGAGGUUGGCUUUCUCACGGCCGAGGACUACAAGAAAGACGUGGCAGACGGAAAGAUAGCCGCACCUUCUGGAGAGGAGAACCUGACCUUGGCAGACCUUCUCUACGGCUUCAUGCAAUUCUACUCGAAAGAGUAUCAGUGGGGCUCUGAAGCAGCCUGGCCACAACUUCUCUGGACUCCUCCAGCACGCUUAGUUGGGUGCUGUUGGCUUUGCAGAGGUGGUCUCUGUGCAGAAGCCUGA